CAAUAGGUGCAACGCGAUUCCACUAACCUACAUAGUAAGAAACUUAUUUCAGUUUCUAAAACAGUACGAAUAUACUUCGCACAACAGCAGAACAGUAUGGAUCGGAAAUGAAUUGAACACUUUUUACGUUGAUUCAGACUAUAUGUAAAGAUGGAAAGGAGAAAGAAAAUCGUCUAUCAGCUAGACACGCCUUAUUCAGCUGUAUCAUGGCCUAGCGUGGCUAUCGACGACCAAGAAACCAUCUUAGAACUUCUAUGCAACUUGCUUACACCUCUGGGUCAGUACCGCUCAGAGUAUGUUGAGUUGUCGAAAGGCAAACGCGAUAAGAAACGGAAACGCAAAGUUUCAACUACACAUUCUAAAAACGGCUCGCCUCCUCCUUCUCCGGGGUUAAAGUCGUAUGUAGACGUCGGACUUACAACUGUCACGCGUCAUCUACAGGAGUUGGCAUCUAAAGCACAAGCUGUGGAGGCCAAUUCGGACGACAAACUCCCUACUCAGGAUAUUUCUCACCACCCCUAUUCAGCCAUCUUCGUAGCCCGGUCUGGACAACCAAACGUUCUUAAUGGACAUCUCCCGCAAAUGGUAGCGAUUGCUUCAAAAUCACAUCCUGAACAGAUGUCUACCAGGCUAGUAGGAUUAUCAAAGUCAUGUGAGGAUCGUCUAUCUGAGUCGCUGGGUAUACCCCGUGUUUCCUGCAUUGGAAUCCGCGAAGGUGCCCCUGAUUCUAAGGCAUUGAUUGAAUUCAUAGCCAAGCAUGUUCCUAACAUUGAUAUACAGUGGAUGGAAGAGGCGAAGAAAGCGGAAUACAAGCCAACUAAUAUUAACACGAUUGAGACGUUCGUUGGUACUAAGAAGCAGCAUAACCGUAGACUGCCUGAGUAAUGAUAUUAUUUAGAUAUACAUAUAUUUAAACAAGAGUCCUAUCUUUUA